CGCCGUCAUCAACAAACCCCCCGUCAUUCACUGAAAACACCGCCCACAACUCAGCGUUAAUUGUGCUUAUUUUGCUCCAUCACCUUUCGUACCUGCCGAUAUAUUGUCGCCCUUUUCCUCUGUUGAAGAUGGCAACGAAUUUGGAUUGGUUUAAGCAGACAGUCGAUAGAAUAGCUGUCAGUGAUUCCAGGCGAGAGCUUUUGUCUGAGCUCAAGGUGGGUCUCUGCGGCCUCAGUGUUCGAGAUGUCACCACAGUUGCUAAUGUCCUGCCCUUGGCUGUUAUUUUUGACACUCUGAACACCAACGAGAAGGAACAGCUGGAACUGGCAUGUGAUGUUUUGGGGAAAUUGUUGGGAGCCUUGGAACCCAGUGUCGUCUUAGCGCAGUAUGGACAGCAAAUCCAACAUACUUUGAUUCAUCCUUCACCUCGGGCGAAGGAGCUCGUCCUACGAGAGUUGGAUCGUGCAGUCACUGGCCGUGUGGAUAUGGUGGAAAGGUUGAGUGCUGAACAAGACCUUUUAGUGUGCAUUGUAGACUGCCUGUGUCUUGAGGAAUUGUCUGUUGCACGGUAUGCUAUCUCAUUGCUCAAGCAUCUAGGCUCAAGUCCAGCAGGGUUGACAGCUUUAUACUCCCCUGUUACUAUGCAAGCACUUCAAACUGCAAGCAGCAAAGGAGACAUUGUUCGUUUUAGAGUUUAUGAGGUUGUGGUUGCUGUAUCAGUUGAAAGUGAUGAAGGUCUCAGAGCCAGCCAAAAUAGUGGAUUUUUGGGUGGAAUGUUUUCUGAACUGAAAGGAGAUGAUGUAUUAGCCCAGCUUAAUGUUUUAGAAAUGACAACCACCCUUGCUCUCAAGCAGCACAGUUUAGUCUUUUUGGAUCAGCAGGGUAUCCUUGAUUUUCUUGCUGAGAAACUAUCAAACUCUGAAAAUGAUCCCCUGUCAUCAUUUUUAGUCCCAGGUCUCAUUAAAUUCUUUGGAAAUGUUGCUCAGUCAAAGCCAGAUGAAAUGAUAAAGAGAUUCCCCUCAUUAGUUUCUAUGAUGUUUGAUACUUUAGAUGCGAGUGACUUAGCUGUUGUAGGUACAGGGAUGGAAACUUUGGGAUUCAUUGCCACCACUCUAAAAGGAAAAUACAUGCUUCAGUCACUUGGGACAAGGCUUCCUGAAACCAUGCGUAAAAUGGUUGAAAAACUGCCCUCUCUCCCUAUUGAAAUGAAAGUUCGACUUCUCAACACAAUUGCGAAUAUUUUACAACUUAAUGUAUCAGAUCAAAAUAAUCAGUCAUUGUCUAUGACCAAAAGAUGGUUUGAAGCAUUAUCUCCUCAGCCAAUGGAUUUUGUUAUGGCUUUGUGCCGCCAGCCUUUUCCAGAAACAAGAUUGGCAGGAUUCCAGCUAAUGCAUGUUCUUGCAACCAACCCGUGGGGACAGGAAUACAUUGUGCGAGCGCCAGGGGUUGUGGAGUAUCUUAUGGAUCGUUUAACAGAAUCUGUUAAAUCUUGUAAAGAUGCCAAAUUUGAAGUGGUCAGAAGUUUAGUUGCAAGUCCUUCUUCAUCUACCGUCAUGAGUCCAGAUGUUUUAGAUCAACUUAGACAAUUUAUGGAACAAGGAGAGUUUUAUGCCCGUGGUGAAACAGAAGUUGCCAUUGAAGGAGCAUCAUAGUAUUUUGACCUUAUCAUCAAGGGUCUAACCUAGAUUUAUCUAUUAUAUGGACAACCUACGUACUUUGUGUUAUUUGGUGUGCAAAAAUUUAGUUUAGGCAACUCAGAUAUUUAUUUUAAAUUUUAAACUGUACCUGUAUUCUCAAACGGUCUCAGCACUUUUAUGCCAUUUUACAUAAUAUAUGUGGUUGUUUUCAUCUUUUGUAUAUUACUUAAAAGUAAGUAUGUAUUGUGAAUGUCAAAUUUUUCCAGGGGGACUUUGAUGUAUCUAGUCUAUGUCAGACUUUUAUAUGGAAUUUAUAAAAUAAUAAUACAAAGUCAAA